AUGCAAUCAUCGACCCAUUCCAAGUCUGUAGUAGGACGUUCACUCGUGCCUCUACCAUCAAGUCAUGAUGAUGAAGCAAGUGCAUCUUCUUCGUACUUUAUUGAAGGUCCCUGGGAACAACGAAAUCGUCGAUUUCAAAAUAUUUUACUUCAUGUGUGCAGUUUUAUUCUUAUUCUUGAAUUUGCAGAACGUGUGAGUUACUAUGGCAUUAAUCAAGCAUUAAAGAAUUUUAUGGGGAAACUUGGAUGGUCACAGGUUGGUUCCAAUUCACUCAAGAGUACAUGGACAUCAAUUUGUUAUUUAUCGCCAUUAUUAGGUGGAUAUGUCGCGGAUGAAAAAUGGGGACGUUUUCGCACGCUCUGGGUCUUUGGUAUCUGGUAUACAUUGGGUGCAUUUCUACUCACAGUCUCAGCUCAUCCUAAAUUCAUGGACAUGGAGAAUGGAAAUCACUUGACAGCUAAUUUAUUGUGUCAUGUUGGUCUUUUUGCUGGUGUAGCAGUCGGAACAGGUGCAAUUAAAGCCAAUGUCAUUACAUUUGGUGCUGAUCAGUUUGAUCCCAAUGAUCCCAAUGAAGUGACACAGAAGGAACAUUUCUUUAGCUAUUUUUACAUUGUGAUUAAUCUUGGUGCGAUUUUCUCCUAUGGAUACCUUUCGGUCCUGUGUGUUGACGGAUCGGAAACCAUUAGUCAGGAAUAUGGCUACUUUGCAUGCUUUUUAAUCUGUGGAUCAGUUAUGGUCUUUGCCUACAUUUUAUUUGUCUUUGGAUCACCAAGAUAUGUGCAUUUUGUACCACAGGAUAGUGCACUGACAAAGCUAUGUACGAUUGUAAAGGGAAAUUGUGCAUUUAGCUAUGAGGCACGGAUGCUAUACUAUGGACUGAUUGCAUUUGGCACAGCAUUUCCACUGAAUCUACUGGCGUCCUUCUUGUCGGACUGGUUGUCCGUGGGACAGUAUUUGUCCUAUAUUGUUGUCGUCUGCUGUAUAUUUGGCAUGUACGCAUGGAUUCGGUACGGCAUGAACACAGCAUACAUGGACAAGUCCAAGGCAUCCAAUGGAGGCAAAUUUAACGACGAAACUGUGGACGAAAUUAAAAAGGUGAUUCGAGUGCUGCCUUUUGCAUCGUUCAUGAUUAUGUGGGAGUGUGCGUACGACCAGCUGGAUGCCAAUUUCCAGUCCAUUGCUCAGCAGUGCGACCUCCGGAUUAUUGCCUACAAUAACAGCGACUACAAUGCCGCACAAGUCCCCGGUGCUAGCUUAGGUAUUUUUGAUCCGCUUACGAUUAUCUUGCUGAUCCCCGUGCUGGAUGGCUUUGUGUAUCCGUUGUGGGGGAAAGUUUUCGGGCGACCUCCAAGUGCUUUUGGAAAAGUGCUAACGGGUCUUAUUGUUGCAACGCUGACAAUGGUUUGGUCUGGAUUUUUUGAGGUUAUUCGGCGAAACAGUGGCGUGAUCACUUACGUGGACGCAGAUGGCGUGCUUCAGGAUAUCCCGAACAAUGGUUCUGGCGAACCAAUGAACCAUACGUACUGGGUAUAUGCAGUUCCGAUGUAUGUGUUCAUUGCUGUGGCCGAAUGCCUGAUUAAUGUGACGGCCUACGAGCUGUUUUACACAGAGGUACCUGUGUAUCUUAAGAGCACAUGUCAGGCGAUCAAUCUGUUCAUGGUCGCCAUGGGGAGUAAUCUGACGUCAACAUUCACGCUGCUGUUUGAGCGCUACAUCACGAACGACCUCAACGACGGCAACUUUGAGUACAUGUACUGGACGCUCGGUGCACUUAGUGCACUUAACAUUAUCGGUUAUGUGACGGUCAUGCAGUGGAUGGAGUUUGGAAUGGUACGCUUUGACGCCGAUGAUGAACUGCUCGAUGGAACUGUGUUUGACAGCCAUGGGGUGGACAUUACAAGUGUCCAGCGGCACUCAUCAUUCGAGAGUAUAUCCUUGUCCCGAGGGUAG